AUGCCGGACUCUUCGAUAAAGAUCGCAAUCAUUGUGAAUGUAUAUGAGAAAGCUAGGGAACUUCGGGAGAUCGGGGGAGGGCUGAAUGUGGGACCUCAUACAAGGGACGUUCUACGAAAGCUAGGCGCCGAUUCUUCGAUUACCGGCUCCGACAUGUUUCCCAUCCUCCAUCUAAAAGGAUCUAAUGGAGACCUCUUGUGCACUCAGCAAGCUCGUAGAGGGGCACCCGAAAGAGAGCAUCAGCGAGUUCGCCGUAGUGUUCUUCAUAGAGCUCUCCUAGCAAAUGUUCCUGAAGCCAACAUUCAUCUUAACAAAACCCUCGAAUCUAUUACUGUAGGAAAUGAAGCUGGGGGGAUUGUCCUGACGUUCGACGACGAUACGGAAAUCGAGGCGGAUCUCGUGAUUGGGGCCGAUGGCGUGCGAUCACGGGUUCGGCAAUAUGCAUUCCCAGAAGCAUCAAUCAAAUUCAUUGGCGUUACUGCCUACCGGGCACUAAUGCCUCUAUCGCAAGUGGCCAGGAUUUCAUCUUUCGAUCACAGGAAGACAACUUUGUGGUAUAUGCCCCAAAAAGGUUACAUGUAUAGUCCGAUUGAAGAUAACCAAGCUGGCGACAAUAAAUGCGAACUUGUGUUGCGCGAGUUGUCCGAUCCUCUCCAGCUAACAGAAGCUCAGAAUAUUGACACGCCAGUUCCCAAUGGUGUAGAGGUAGACAACAUAAUUGUAGAGGAUACUUUUCGGGAAUUUGAACCAGCCGCAAAGGCGCUGCUACAAUGUGUCCCCAAAGGAGCAUGGAUCAAAUAUGCCUCGUUCGCAGGACCUCCAUUGCCGUCUAGUGUUAAGGGAAACAAAAUCGUUUUGUUUGGAGAUUCAGCUAAUCCUAUGUCGGGUGCUUUUGGCUCGGGGGCUACUUUCGGCUUACAGGAUGGUUGGACUUUUGGGAAAUCGCUCGCUCGACUGCUGGAAACCGGGGCUACUGACCCGGUGUCAAAGGCUCUUAUGGCUUUUGACUCGAUUAGAGGACCAUUUUACCAAGAGUUGUACAAGACUUUGGGCGAUAUGAAGGCUAGAGGUCAACAAAUAGCCCAUAAUGAGGGAUGGGAAGCAAGCUGGAUUGAUUUCGCUAAUCGGCACUACGGCGAGGAUCUGAAUUGGAUCUAUUAUCACGAUAUCGAACAAAGCCUGAACAAUUAUUUCAAGCAGGACCGAAUUUCUACGUAG